CUUUCAAAAAAAAAGUGUCAAAAAUUAGUAAUUUUACAAAACUCAUCGCUAUACGUUGUAUUUUGCGAAAAAUAUUGUUUAUUUGACUAACUUUUACCGUAUUAACGUUAAAACUACGUUUUUAAGUUAGUGAUUGCUCAUUAAGAUAACGAAACAGAGUGUUGGAGUUAAAUUUAAUAUGGUUUAAUAGUGUAAUCUAUCUUUGUUAUGAGCGAUAUGGUUGGAGCAUAACUUCACGAAGAAUCGCAAUAAACAGUACAAAAUGGAUUUAGUACAAGCAAAUAACAACCGAGACGGUAUGAAUAACGAAGUUUCUUCAACAUCCAGCGAAGACACGCAAGCCCCAGUUAAAAGAUUCACAAAACUAUACAAGAAACACUAUAAAAAUGACUCCGCUUUGUCUGACAAUGAGAUGGAGCCCCGCAGAAACAAUAUGCAGGCCAGAAAUCAUUAUAAAAGCACUGGGAAUUUAAACGAAGGGUACCGUGACUUUAGAACUAUUCAAAACAGUAUUAGUAAUAUCGAUUUAAGUUUACAUGGUGAAGAAAUUAAGAAAUAUGAGUCGCUACAAAUUCCUAUAGUUGGGUAUGAAAUUAUGGAAGAACGGGCCAGAUUCACUAUAUACAAAUUAAAGGUUGAAGAUGACAAUAGUGACCAAUCCUGGUUAGUUUUUCGUCGAUACACAGAUUUUGUAAGACUAUACUCAAGAAUAAAGGCAGAGCAACCAAAUUUGAACUUACCGUUGCCUGGAAAACGGUGGUUCAGAGAUAAUUUUGAACCUGCAUUUUUGGAAGACCGAGUUAGAGGAUUACAGAUUUUUGUCAACGCUAUACUGAGUAAGUUGCCUAACCAUCCAGUAGUUAGGGAGUUUUUCUGUCUUGACGAGCCUCCGCAAGUGUUUUCUUAUCAACCUGAGGUCCAAGCGGUUUAUGGGGCCUUAGAAGAUUCUAUAACAACCUUGAAAAUGCAGUUGAAACAAAAGGAUGCAACUAUUAUGCAUUUGCAGAAAAGGUUGGCUCAAUUUGAAGCUCAGGUCAAAAAUUGUGGCAGUUGCAGUACAAAUCUUUCUAUAUAGUAGUUUUUACAGGUUUUGAUAAAUAUAGAUGAGGCAGUUUUUGUGUGCCUUGGUGUUUUACAAUGUGUAAUAUAAUAAACGAGUCUAUAUUACAUUUGGGUCGGCACUUUACUGAAGUUAUAUAAAAUAAACGGGUAUGAUUUAAGCUGUCAUCAAUUUAAUUCAUUUUGUGUUUCUUAAAUAAUAGGGUUUGCCCUCAAAAUAGUAGAUUUGUCACCAAAAUGUAUCACCAAACAAUAUAAAAUCAAUUCCACAAUAAAUUACCGAAAAUCAUGGAGAUAUGGGGUCAAGUACCAAAUAAAUGGUUUUGUAUGUAUUAUAAUAGGUUUGUCCUAAUAGUAUUUAGGCAAACUAAUUUAAAAAGAUCACCAAUAAAUCAUAUAUUAUAUCACUAGAAAAUUUCAUGAAUUGUAAUAAAAUGUAGGGUGGUCGUCAUCAUCCUUUCAACCAAAAGAGUCUACUUCACUGGCCAUGUGCCUCCCCCAAGGGUCUUAAUUUCCACAGGUAGGUAGUAUAAAUAUAUUUAAAUUAAAUUUCUAGCUGAAUAGUAAUUAUAACACUUAAUUAAAGUCAAAAUAAGCAUCGUAUGAUCGUACCUACAACCAACCUACAACCCAUUCGUUGAGGCCCGAAAGCGCGCCAAUUUGUCCCCCUUCCGUUCCUCUUCCCUUUGAACAUAUUUUCAUUAAAAAUAAACUGAUGUAUUAAAUUGGUAACGAAUACAUUAUUUUAAUAAUUAGACAUAAUAAAAUGUAACUACUGUAUUGGUGACAAAAUAACAAAUAAAAAGCAGUCGCAGUCAGGGAUCGAUUAAUCGAUUUAUUUGGUGACAGAUCUACCAUUUUGAGCACUAAGCUAUUAUUUAAGUAAUAAAACUAUUAUUAUAAGAACGAAGUUUAUAUUCAUGUAAUGCACUACAAUUUUAUUGGUGAUCCAUCUCAUAUUUUAUAUAUUAUAUUGACAAUAAUUUGGUAAUUCAUACAUGAGAACACUCUUUGUUUAUCUGAGAACGAAAAUAUUUCGUGGCGAUAAAUCUAUUUAUUAGGUGAUACAACUUGAUGACAAAAAUAAAUUUUGGUGACAAAAAAUAUAGUUCCCAAAAUAAACUACUGCUUAAAAUAAUUAUUUCGUUGAUUAGUUAAUUAUUACUUAUUGAAUUUUGACCGCAUUUUAAGCCUUUAGUUUACUGCCUACUCAAAUAGAGUACCUAUACAUACAUAAGUUUUUUGUUAAUUCGGUAUUUUCUAGAAAAAAACAUUUAAAAUACCUGAAUUAAUACAGUAGAAACCAACGAAAAUGCCUCAAUCUGUAUACAAUUUUAUCGUUAUGCUCGGUAACUGGGUUGAGGAGGUCAGAUAGGCAGUCGCUCCUUGUGGCACACUGGUACUCAGCUAUAUCCGGUUAUACUGGAAGCCGACCCCAACAUAGUUGGGAAAAGGCUCGGGUAUGGUAGUAUGUUUGAUUCUUCUAUUAUAUUACAUGUUUGUAACUUUAUGGAAUUCAUAUAUUUUGUACAAAUUUUAUUGAUUAGUGGUACUCAUGUAAGCUCACUGUUAUAUUGUCGUUAUUAUACAUAAUAUUAUAGUUAACAUAUUAUGAUUAAUUUGAGUAGGCACUCAAGGUAAGCAAUCUUGAAUUCUUGAUACGAUUUCUAUAAAAAAAUAUUUUGAAAAUAAAUCCUAACUAAUAUUAUAAAUGUGAAAGUAACUCUGUCUGUCACGCUUUCACGUCUAAACCACUGAACUGAUUGUAAUAAAAUUUGGUACAGAGAUAGAGUUGACCUUGAGAAAGAACAUACGAUAAUUUUUAUCCCGGACUUUUGAAGAAUUCUCUUGGAAACGCGAUAUAACCGAACUCUACGCGGGCGGAAGCUAGUUUAAAAUAUGUUUAAAAAUACACUAAUAAAAAUGACUUGAUAAGCCAUUAAGCAGUAGUUUAUUUGUUUAAUAAUGUAUUUGUGUAAAAAGUCAAAUCAAAAUUGUUUACCUUUAAGUGCGUACUCAAAUGGAUUGUAGAUCAUUUAAUUUAUGAAAUAAACAGUUCAAAAAGCAGCUAGAUUUAGAAUGUGCUGUCUAUAUAUUUUUUAGUCUGUUAUUGAAAAUUCACGUGUGGCCUAAAUAUUUUUUGAAUGAAAUUGAAAUAUUAACCAAAAAUGAAUUUUUUUUUUGAGUUUAUAAUAUUAUUGUUGGUACUGUCAAAAGUUACAGAUUUUUUCAUAUAUUUAGGUGCUUAGUUCGUCACAUAUAAAAAAUUAUAUUGCAUUUAAACAAAUAAGGUACAAAGAUUUUGUUUUAUGUUAAUUUAAAUUACACAAUGUAUGCUUAUUAAGAAUAAAGUAUAAAAUUAUAAGUUUGAAUUAGGCAAUAAGCAGUAUAUAAACUGUUACGUCCAUUUAGUUAAUAAGUUAUACCAUUUAACUAUAAUGAUAAACAGGGGCCCGAUUCUCCUAAGUUAAUAAUGUCAAAAUUGAAUCGCAAUAGCAGUUUUAACCAUAUCGGGCAUUCUGCUACUAAUAUAAGACCAAUCGUAUUCCAAUGACAUUUGAUUGGUCUGCCAUUUUGGUCUAUACGGUAGUUUGCUCUACAAUCGUAUUGCAAUUGUAAAUAAUUUACAGACAAUAUGAUUCAUUAUUGAAUCACAGAAAAGGAUAAAAUCGUUUAUUUAAAAGAAAAAAUAUCGGAAUGCCACAUACGCUUCAAUCGUAAUUGAGUUGUGAUUGGAUCUCAGUCAGAUGUGAAUCGUAUGUCGCUUAAGUAAAAUUAGUAGAAUCGAGCCCCAGUCGAGUAUUUGACGCCCAUUGGUCAAAUCUCCAAUUUGACAGCUGAAAAUGGAUUGGUUAUCAUUAUAAUUUUAAGAUGGCGGGUGAGCCAAGUACAUAUAGGUACGGCUCUUUCGAGAAAUAAAAUAUAUAUAUCCAAAAAAAUAUUGUGAGAAAGAAAAAGGUUUUACAUAUUUACAAACGAGCAUUUCAAAAUGUUAACAGGUCAUUAUUUUCUGUGAUAAAUAAAGUAUAAAACAUUGAUUUUUAUAGUAAUAGUUACUACUAGUACUAGACUAGUAGUAGACUGGAAGCCGACCCCAACAUAGUUUGGGAAAAAGGCUCGGAGGAGGAUGGAUGAGUUACUACUAGUAAGUUAGAUAUAAAAGCACGUUAAACUGUAGGUCCCGGCUGUCAUUUUAACAUCUUUGGCAGUCGUUACGGGUAGUCAGAAGGCAGUAAGUCUGACAGCCAGUCUUACCAAGGAGUAUUGGGUUGCCCGGGUAACUGGAUUGAGGAGGUCAGAUAGGGCAGUCGCUCCUUGUAAAACACUAGUACUCAGCUGCAUCCGGUUAGAUUGGAAGCCGACCCCGACGUAGUUGGGAAAAGGCUAGGCAGAUGAUAAUGAGCAAUAAUAGUGCCUUAGUUAUUUCGAUCGAAAGUGGACCAUAUUGCUUAGAACAUAGUGUUUAAUAUUGGGAACCGUGGCUUUUUUAAUUGAAAGACCUCUAUUAAUGGCUGCGGGAUUGUUCGCGCGAGUUACCGCGGCGCUGGUACAUAAAAGGCUUAAGAAGGAACAUGGUGGGGUUAAGUCAGUAAUGGCCUUACUACAAAAACUUUAAACCCUGUUUUACACUUGUCUAAUAAAAUUUUGGUUGCAAAAUGAACCAUAUGUCAACGUCAUAAUUUGACAUUUUUUUAGACAAGGCAUAAACUGACGUUUAAAAGUUUUUGUGGUAAGACGGUUUGAGUCUGACACUCCCUCACGCUGCACCCACAGCGGGAGGGGUCAUGUAAAAUAUAUCCCGUCCAUGCAAAAUAUUGAAUUGAUUUUCAGGAAUAAUAUACAGAUUCAUUUUUAUCUAUGUGCGAGAGGUAGUUGCUUCGAAAAGCGGGCCGAAGCUAGUAUUAGUAUUUCGUUCAAAUUUAAAACCACGGUUCAUAUAAUUUGCUAUUAUAAUGUUGUAAAUAGUUGGUAUUAAUAUAAUUAUUUGAUAUAAUAAACAAAUAUUGUUCAAUUUUAAUAACAUUAGAAGCAACCGGUUUGCAUGUUAUUAGCUAAGGUAAUGAAAUAUGUCAUUAUUAUUGUUUAAAUUUUCAAUAAAUUUAUACAUUAU